UCCGCCAUAUUGAGAUAAUGCUCCUGGUAUAAAGCUACUUGGGUCUUGACCGAUAUAAUUUUAGUAAGAUUACUCAAUGCAUUCAACAAUUAUUUAGACGUUCUUGUGCAUUCAAGAGAUUGACCUGUGAUAUGGCGACCAGUGUCCGAGAUGAUGACUUUGAUGAGUAUGACAAGCCGGGCGCUGAGAGGUCGCGCCGAAGGAGAGGAGACGACGAUUUGGACAGUGAUUUGGAAGGUGAUUUACUUGAAGAAGAUUGGCUCACAGCCAGAAAGAAUCCCUCCGAUGUGUCAGAUGAAGAACUAAAUGAUGAUCUUCUGCAAAGCGAUGAAGAAGAUCAUACCAUGAGUGGUCAGGGUGUCACAGUAAGCCUCAAUGCAACAGCUGACCUGGGCACCUCGUUUGACCUUAACGAUCAGUCCUUGGAGGACGACUACGUGGACGGCGACCAGAAUCUUGGAGUAGAGGACUAUGAAGGUGGAGACGAGGUGGAGGGCUAUUCUCAAGAAGAGUAUGCCGAUGAUUACGGAGAUCACGAUGCCGAGCUGGCAGACGACCAAGCAGAAUACGCCGGAGAUCAGGCUGAGGAGGAAAUUUACCAGGACGAAGUGGUGGACAUCGAAAUCAAUGACCCCUCGGAUGAUGAAUUUCAAGUGGAUGACUACUCUGCGGACUACAGCGGGCAGCAGCUAGAGGUCCAAGUGGACGUGCAGGAUGUGCCUGAGAAUGAGGAAGCUCCGGACAGCUCUCAGAUCAUGGAAGCUGAAGAGAUGGAGAAUGAAACGGAGCAGGAGGAAGAAGUUAAGGAAGAAUCGGACGAAGAGGAGGACGAAGACGAGGAGUCGGGCCGCCUGCGCUUCAAGACGGAGCGAAAAGAUGCCACCGUGGUGCGCCUGUCUGACGCAGCCAGCAAAAGGAGAAACAUUCCUGAAACAUUAGAGCUUUCAGAAGAGGCCAAAGCGGACCUGCUGCAGUUCGAGGAGAAGGAGCGUCAGAGGCGGCAGGGGCGCUUUGGUGGAAGAGGCAGAGGAAGAGGAGGGAUGCGAGGAAGAGGAGGCUACUCUGGUUUCGGGAUGGCAGACUUCAGGAGUGACGGAGCGAUCAGAGGAAGGAUGAACGAUCAGAGACCCUCACUAAUGACAAUGGACAUGGGCAUGCAGCCGCAGUCCAGAAUGCCGCCCCACCACCACCAGCACCACCAGCACCCCCAGCAGCACGAGCAGCAGCAUCAGCAGCAUCAGCAGCAGCCGCAGCACUUCCAGCCGCCGCCCCGGGGCCCCUUCCAGGAGCACGCCCACCAGCAGCGCCCCCCGCCCCAGCCGCUCAUCCCCCCUCACCUCUCCCACCGCCCGCUCCCGGGCCACGGGACGCCCGUCCGGGCCCAGAUGGAGUCCCCCAGGAUGAUGAGCCCCCCGCCAGCCUCCCUCUCCCCGCAGCAGCCCAAGAACAUCCACAUCAACCCCCACUUCCGUGGCCCCGCGUCCUCGCCCGCACAAGUGCCCUUGAUGCCAGCGCAGAACCAGCCCCGGCCUGCGGUGGGUCCCCCGAGAUUCCCCGGACCGGGGGACUUUCAGCAGCAGCAUAUGCCCGGUAACUUUAACCAGCCCCCGCGGCCCCACCACCCCGAGCCUUGGAGGGGACCCCCGCCCCCCCAGGAGAGGGAGCCUUUCUUCAUCGGCGAGCCAAGGUUCCCAGGACAGCAUAUGUUUGAUCAACAGAGCCCCGCGCCGCUCAUGAAUAAUAAUCACCCGCUUCCUGGCCAGAAUCCCAUGGCUUUCAACCAAUCAGGGCCCGGCUUCAACCAGCAAGGGCCGCAGCCCAUGUUCCAGCGGGAGGCCAUGAGGCCGGGCCUCCCCCCGCCGGGGCCCCUGGGCAUGUCCGGUCUCGGACAGCACGGCCCCCCGAACCCGCGGCACUUCAUGCCCCACCGGCCCCAGUUCUCCCAGCCCGGGCCGCCCCUCCCGCCCCAGCACAUGCAGUUUGGGAUGCAGGUACGACCAAGAGGGCUGAUGCACCCAUCGCCACACCCACAGCCCCAGCAGCACGAAGCCCUGGGCCCACAACCGCCGCAGCAGCAGCAGCACCCCCUCCAGCACCGGCAGGACCUGCCCCUGCAGCCCCCUCACCAGGCGCCCCAGCACCUGCAGCACCCGCUCCACGGGGACAUGCGGCCCAUCAUGCACCACGCCCAGCCCCCCUUCCGCCAGCAGCUGCACGCCAUCCAGCCGCAGACACACCCCCGCGCCCAGCACCCCCCGCCCCGCGCCAAUCCCAUCCGGCCGCGAAUGAACUCCUCAUCCCCCAAUGUCCUCAAGCCCCCCUUGCAGCAGGUCCCGGUCCUCCCUCAGCGCAACAGCAACCUCCGCGAGCUGCCCGUGGCCCCGUCCGACGGCGGCUUCGGCGGCCCCGCCCGCCUCGCGCCAGGGCCGGGCGACGCGCAGGCGAGGCUCGCCGCCAGGCCGGCGCAGGGUGCCAGGCCCGCACAGAAUGCCAGAGGAAUGCCCGCCGCUGCCAGGCCUCAGCUCGCCCCUGCCAAGGGCCCGCCGGCGGCCAGGAUGCCGGAGAGGACCGUGGUGCAGAAGGUGAAGAAGGAGGCCCCCGCCCCGCAGACCGGCCCUCCUCAGAAGGCCCAGCCAGAGGAUCCAGAUGAGGAUGAGGAGACCCGGCUGUACAGGCUAAAGAUCGAGGAGCAGAAGCGGCUGAGGGAGGAGAUCCUGAAACGCAAGGAGCUGAGGAGGCAGCUGCAGGCGGGCAUGAGGAAGAAGGAGCUCCUGGAGCGCAUCUCCAGCCAGCAGCAGCAGCAGCAGCAGCCCCAGCCCCAGCCCCAGCCCCAGCCCCAGCCCUCUGCUCCACAGCAGCCUCUGCAGCUCCAGCCGCACAUCCUCGCCCCCCCAGCUCCGACCACGCCCUCCAACGGCACCGCUCAGCCCCCCCAGCCGGCCGCCCCCACCCCCGCCGGCCCUCGCCCCAACGUGAAGAACCGCCUGCAGCUGGGGAAGCCGGCGGCGGCGGCGGCGCAGUGCUGGCCCGGGGGCCCGCAGCAGGGCUUCCGGCCCCUGCAGCCGGGGCCCAACGUGCAGGCCCAGUGGCAGCAGAAGAAGACGGUGGCCCGCUUAGCCCCCGGUCCCCGCCCGGGACCCCAGUUCCAGAGCCCGGAGGCGGCCGUGCUGGGGCAGCCCCAGGGCAGGGGCGUGGAGGCGCAGGGACAGGGACGUCCUCAAGAGCUGAAGCCCGGAGUUAAACGGACUGUGAUGCAGCGGGCGAACAGCGGGGGGACAGAGGUCCCUCAGAAGGUCAGAGUGGUCAAAAUACUGGGAGGGGGAGGAGAGGCAGCUGACGGCCCCGGCCCCGUGCAGCAGCAGCAGCAGCGGAUCCAGCAGGUGCCCCGCCAACCCCCGCAGCUCCGGCAGGUCCCGCUCAGGAAGGUCACCAUGGGGAACGCCAACCUGCAGCAGCUCACGCCGCACGCGGGGAGGGGCGGAGCGGGGACCCCGCUGCAGGGCAGGGUCGUUGUGCAGGGGCGCGGCAGAGGGGGAGCGGGCCAGAUGGGCCGAGGCCGCGGCGUGCCAAGCAGACAGAGCCCGCGAGUGAUGGAGAACCAGCCGUGCAUGGUGUCAAUUGAAGGGCUUUCUUCGUCAACCACCGAUGUCCAACUGAAAAACCUGCUGAAGUCAAUCGGACCCAUUCAGAUGUUCAAAAUGUUGCCACAACAGAGGAAAGCCAUUGCCAAAUUCAUCAAUCCCCAGCAUGCCGCCAGUUUCCAGCAGAGCUUCCACAGGCACAUGAUAGAUUUGUCACACAUCGAUGUGUCCCUGAUUGACGGCUGAGCUGUACCCGGUUUGGGGGGACAUCGAUGGGCAGAGGUCGCGAGGAGGGGUGUUGAGAACGGAGGGCCUGCUCGCUUCGGGGAGUCCCGCCCACACAGGCGCGAGGCCAACGCCCGCAGCUAGCCUCAUGGCAGGACAGCCCGGUGGAACAAUGGGAUUUCGGCACGAUUUCACCGGCCGCAUAAUGGGCACUGUGACCACGGAGCGCUCAGGACUGUGUGUGUGCGCGCACGCGCCUUCACCGGGCCAUAUAGCUGGUGCGGGUCUCACAUGUCGGAGCACACAGGACCGCUGACAUGCGUGACUCUGCAAAGAAUUCUAGGCUGUUUAGCAGCCACCACAGACCUCUCAGAAUUGUUGAAGAUGCGUUUUUCCACUUGCAUUCAGAACACACGUUGUGAAUAACACUUGAUAAUGGUUGGUCUCAUCUUAAACUUAACUCAAUAGUCCUACUGCGUUAGUUCCUGAAUGUUUUGGAAGGAUUUGUCUGUUGAGCUCUUUUUUUAUUUUCAGAAUCUCAUACAUUUUUUGUGAAGCCAGGGUUCUGUAAAUAAAUGUGAAUGGGGAAUAUGGCUUGCUGUUUCACAUUAUUCCUUUUGGCAGUGCCACUUAGUUCCUGUAGAUGGCAGCAUUUAAUAGUGAACGACACCUUUGAAAAGUCAUCCCGUUUUUUUAUGUUUGACCACUCUAGAGUAGUUUUUAGUUAUUGGUAAAUAGCACCGCCUAGUGGGGAAUGUGUAUACAUGUAAGCCAUAAUUUUGCCUGGUUAAAAAUAGGUGGUUACAGUGCUCUUCGUGUUUUAUACUUACAGAAAAUUAGAUCUCAUUAUUUAUGUUUGUCUUGUCACAAGAAGCCAGAUGUGAUAAGACAGUAUGCCCUUGCUGCGUUUUCUCUCUGAAUGUAUUUAGGCAUCAAGUGGAAAUAAGGGUGGGAAAUGUUACCAUGAAUCUAGCCUGCUAAGUGACAGUUAAGAGUAUACUGUGCAUACCUGUGUGCUUUCAUUUUCACUGACAUCACUGCAAACAAUUUGGGAAGUUAUUAGCAAUUAAGUUAAUAUCUGGAUAGGUCCCUAUGUAAGAUUUUUAGGGUGAUCUUUUGGUUGUUUGAAGAUUCUUCGAUUCGGAUGUGAUACUGGCUGUUUUAAGUAGAAAGGUGAUGUUUCUCUUUUUUCUUGGUGGCUUGUAUACAGUGGGAAAGCUUGCCUGUGUGUCUUGGACAAAUUAGUUGCCUUUAUCUAGUGGUUUUAAAAGAUGCUUCAGCAUUUUUCUGGGAGAGACUAACUCA